CGCUGUCAAUGGCACAUCACUCGACUGUUUCUUCGAGACUGUUCGAGAUUGUUCGAGAACUGCGGGACUGUCCCAUACUGUUUGACUUUACCGGAUAGAGAGAUGUUGCCUGCUUCAAUCAGUUUCUGACAGUCGAUAGUGGUACGAAGCUUGUUUCGUAGCGAUCGUUCGAUUUGUUAUUUGCUCAACGAAUCCUUGACGAACCUGCUGUUUACAGCAAUCCAAUUACACGAGACGAUGGAAAUGACGUCAGAGUUUACGCCACGAGCGUAUCAGAUAGAUCUUUAUGAAAAGGCUGUGGAAAAUAAUAUAAUCGUUUAUUUACCAACUGGUGCGGGCAAGACAUACAUUGCUGUUAUGCUACUGAGAAAAUUGAGCGGUGAAGUACAAAUGCCUUACAACAAGAAUGGCAAACGUAGUAUAUUUAUUGUAAACACAGUAGCGUUGGUCAGACAACAAACGGAUUACAUAAAGAGACAUACAUGUCUGACUUGUAAAGGCUACAGUGGUGAUAUGAAGGUAGAUUUUUGGAAAGAAGAUCAAUGGAAGCUCGAGUUGGAUGCAAAUCAAGUUUUAGUAAUGACAGCACAAAUAUUUGUUGAUACUAUUACUCAUGGGUACAUAAAGUUAGAUAAAGUAAAUUUGAUUAUGUUUGAUGAGUGUCAUAGAGCUGUGAAUAACCAUCCUAUGCGGCAAAUUAUGCAACAAUUUGAAAACUACCCUAAACACCAGCAGCCACGUAUCUUGGCUAUGUCAGCAACACUAUUGAAUUCCAAUAUAAAAUCGGACAGAAUUGAAGCUACUAUCAAGGAUUUGGAAGUGACAUUCCAGGCAAAAGUAGCAACUGUAAAAUCAAUAGAUUGUGUCCAAGAGUACUGCACAAAUCCAAAGGAGAAUAUUAUAAAGUAUAAUACGUAUAUAGUGGCCAACGCAAUGGCUGUAGAUGUGAAUCAGAUAAUAGAGGAUUCUAUAAAUGUAUUAAAGAGCAUAAUCUUUGAUACCGAUAAGUUAUUUAUAGAAUCCAGCCCGCACUUUCAACCUAGAAGAAAAUCUUCCAAAUUGAUAAGCAUUAUGAAGGACAUACUGACGACUAUGAUGCAAACAGGUAUUUACGGUGGUAACAAAUCAGUUUUGUUACAUUUAAUCCAGCUGGAGUAUCUGAAAAAAUAUUGUGAUAAUACACAAACAAAUAUUAUUCUGGAAUAUCUAAUUACGCAAACUAUCAGAAUAAGAAAACUGUUUGAAGAGGCAAUGAAAGGUUAUACAGAAUUAGAACGAAUUUACAAGUUUUCAUCUGACCAAGUUCUCAAACUAUUUACCUUACUAAAGGAUUUCAACAAUAAUAAAUUGAGCGAUCAAACAUUUUGCUGUAUUAUUUUUGUCAAAGAAAGAUUUAUGACGCAAGUACUGUAUCAUAUAUUAAAGACCUUAUCUACACAUGAUGAUCAAUACAACUUUCUCUUGCCCGACUUCAUAAUUGGAUGCCAUAAUAGUCCUUACAAAAAUACUAGAGAAGUUCUGUGUCUCGCUAAAUGGCAAAAGGAAGUAAUGCAAAGAUUUAGAAAGGGCUUAUCCAACUGCAUCGUAGCUACCGAUGUUGUUGAUGAAGGAAUCGACGUGCCACUUUGUGCAUUAGUAGUACGAUAUGACCUCCCGCCAGAUUACAGAGCGUACGUUCAAAGUAAAGGUCGUGCACGACAUGGCACGAGUCAUUACACGGUUCUAGUGCCACGUGAUGACGAUACUUUCCUUACGAGAUACAAGGAUUAUAAGACUACAGAAUUAAAAAUGAAAACGAUUUUAAUAGGAGAUGAGGCUCGCAGCUUGCCUACUGAUAAAGAGAUUGAAAACGGUCUAUAUCAAUAUGAAAUCGUACCAUAUCCAGUGAACGAUACGGGAAAUGUUUUAACAGAAAACACUGUAGUCAAUAUACUAAAUAGAUAUUGCAAUAGCCUAUUACGUUGUAAGUUUGUGACCUUGGUUCCAGUCUGGACCUUGUAUGAGAAUAGCAGCAAAUUGUAUCAGGUUUCUAUCCAGCUACCGAGUAUAUCGCCAUUGAAAAAGGUAAUGUACGGUGAUCUUAUGGCAAAUAUAAGUGCUGCCAAACGAUCCGUUGCAAUGAAAUGUUGCAUAAAAUUGCAUCAACUAGGUGCAUUAACGGAUAAUAUAGAGCCUGUUAUGCCGACUGCAGUUUUGCGAGGGAAAGAUUACUUGUUCCCGAAUUGGAUAAACGAAGAUGAUUCUUCAUGUGGUACAUAUAAAAAGAGACGACGACAUAAGUUAGAACAUCCAACGGCAUUGUAUGAGGCAUUUCCAUGCAAUGGAAAACAAUUAUAUCUCCACGUUAUUCAUGCCAGUCCUACAUAUUCCGUGCCGCAUGAUAACAGGCACUUAGUCUUCUAUAAUUUACUCAACGACAAGAGUGGCUUUGGAAUUCUCUCUAUAAAGAGUAUGCCCAAGAUUCCAUCUUUUCCAAUUUUCAUGAACGUCGGCGAGUUAAAUGUCACCGUAAAGCCCAAUUAUGCAACGAUGAUACUAAACGAUGAAAAUGAUAUCAAAUUGCUCAAAGUAUAUCAUACCUUGCUUUUCAGCGAAGUCAUUCCGAUGAUAAAAAAGUUUAUGGUGUUCGACAAAGACAAUCUCGAUAAUUCCUUCUUAAUCGUUCCGCUGAACGUCAAUUGGGAAAUAAAUUGGGACGAUGUAAGAAAAUAUCAACAGAUAGAAAAAGUUGCGUCGUCUCCAUUUCCUCACGUCAGAUACAGUGAUUACGAAGUGGCAUUAGUCAACCCAAGUUACAGAGCAUCACCGAGCGUAUAUAUAGUGACGCAAGUGUGCGACGACCUAACACCCAAAUCGCUUUUCCCGACUGACGAUUUUGAAACGUAUACGGAUUAUUACGAGGAGAAGCACGGAAUAAAAAUCCAGAAUCUGGAACAACCAUUGUUGGAAGUGAAAGCGAUUUCAACCAAAAUUAAUUGUAUAAAACCAAGGAGUAUGAAACCUGGGCUGAGCAAACGUAGAAGAGCGGAUGUAUUAGAGGAUUUUGAGGAACAUUUAAUUCCAGAAUUAUGCCGGAUGAUAUACUUUCCGGCUCUGUAUUGGUUAAAGGCGUCCACUCUACCGUCAAUUCUUCAUAGAAUUACGCAACUUUUAAUUGCGGAAGACUUGAGAGCAACAAUUAUAAGAGAGACUAAUUUAGGGAUAUUAAUAUUAUCAUCCGACAGUGAGUGGCCCGCGUUAGAUACAAUAGAAAAGGAAAUCGAGCAAUUGGCGGAACCAUUACUAGACACAGCAUUGGACGACACAAUUGAAAGCACGCAAGUAGAGCCGGACACGAAUGACUUAGAAUUAGACGUUUCCAUGAACACCGAAGCAAAUUCGUAUCCCUGGUCAAAGGAUCAAGAGCCCCAGGAUAUAUACCGCGAUAUAGAACACAUUCAAAUGAUAGAUAUACAGUAUUAUUGCCACUUUAUGCAUACAAGCGAUGAUGCAGACGAUGCCGUUCUGAACAACUUGAACAAAAGCAUCAAUUAUAUCUCAAAGCCAACAGUAGUGGUGCCACCGUUACACAUUCUUGCAGAGAAACAGUCGUGUGGACCUAGUCCGGCGGAAAUUAUGCAGGCUCUCACUACCAAGAUGUGCCACGACAUGUUCAAUUUGGAACGAUUGGAGACUUUGGGCGAUUCCUACCUAAAACUCAUUACAUCGUUAUUUUUGUAUCACUCCUUCCCAACACUUAAUGAAGGUCAAUUGACAGCACUAAAGGGCAGAAUAAUCGGCAAUCGCAAUCUAUAUUACAGUGGCGUUAAUAAGAGCAUACCUGGACGUAUGAAGGUCGACGAGUUUACGCCUACAAGUACUUUCAUCGUACCUGCGUAUGCAGUAUUUCGACAAUUGCAAAAGAUACUAUUGGAUCAGGACGUAUCACCAAAUAUAUUAUACGAACUUCCGAUACCAGAUGAAGAGAGAUUAACUGGAGAGAUAAGCACAAGUACAAUUAAUACGAUGCAGAAUAUAAUAUCGCAGUGGAGUUUGGCGGAAAACCAAACUGGCCUGGAACAUUAUCUUAAUGUUCAAAUUAUACCCGACAAGGCCGUAUCGGACUCGGUAGAAGCGUUGAUUGGUGUUUAUCUCAGAAGUACCGGCAUAAGCGGCGCAGCAAAACUGCUCAAGUGGUUCGGCAUACUGCCUGACAUUGAAAUUGACGAGUUAUUAAGUGGUACCAGUUCAUUAAAUCCUAUAAUCGGCAAUGGAAAUCCGAACGAACAUAUGCCAUGGGCCGAUAAUAUAGAAAAAAGACUUGGUUAUAAAUUUAAUAACCGGGCAUAUUUGUUGCAGGCGUUUACUCAUCCAUCGUACACAGUAAACAGAAUAACCGACUGUUAUCAAAGACUAGAAUUUCUUGGAGACGCUAUUUUAGAUUUUUUGAUCACUUGCCAUAUUUAUGAAUCUUGCGGCAACUUGAGUCCUGGCGCUCUCACCGACUUGAGGUCUGCGCUUGUCAACAAUGUAACAUUUGCUUGCUUAGCUGUGCGAUAUGGUCUACACACCUGCUUACUGGCUUACGCGCCGCAACUGCAUGAAAUAAUCAAUCGCUUCGUCAAGUUUCAAGAAGAACGGGAUUACGCAAUUAAUGAUGAAUUAUUGUGGGUGCUUCUUGAAGAAGAAGAUUGCAACAUAGCAGAAUAUAUAGACGUCCCGAAGGUCUUGGGGGAUCUGUUUGAAACAUUAAUCGGAGCCAUCUAUCUCGAUAGCAACAGAAACUUGACAAAAGUCUGGGAGAUGGUUUAUUCUUUUAUGCACAAAGAAAUAGAUGAAUUUAGCAGAAAUAUACCAAAGAAUCCAGUUCGAGUGAUAUACGAACAUCAAGAUGCACAUGCCAAGUUCCUUGAAGCAUCAAUGAUCGAAGGCAGAAAUGUUGUCAUGAUACCUCUAAAAGUAACCAUUGCUGGUAAGGAAAAGACUUUUCAUGGUUUUGGAGCUAAUAAAAAGUUGGCUAAAUGUGCGGCUGCGAAACAGGCAUUGAAAAGAUUGCGCAGUCCGAAAUAAGUGUUUGAUGUAACUGUUAUAUACAUGCGCGUAUGUUUUUAUGUCUGUUGAUGCUAUUUAUAGACAAUUUAAAAAUCUAUAGACGUGUGUGUUAAAAAGAUUGAGCAUCCAUUUUUCGAUGGACGUUACCAUGAUUCCGAUUGUAUUUUGAAUGUAUGUAUGUAUUGUCCUGUGCUUGCAGCACUAGGAAAAUUGCCACACCGCGUAAUUAGUCUGUUAGAUAGAGACGCGCAAAUGUCUUUCUAUCCUUUUCUCUUUUUAUAUUUUUCCUCAAAAGAGAAUUUCACUUUUUUUUUUUUUUAAAGUUUCUAAAGUUCGUUCUUAUCUAUAAAAAAAAUAUGGUAAAGGUUUACAAUUACACAGUUAGCUCCAAAUGAUUUCCGACUAACCUUGAUAUUGACCUUGACCCUCAGAGAGAUCAAUGCUAUUGACCAUUAUCGGUGCUCAUUGUUUAUUAAAAAGUUAUUAACGAAAAAAGUUUUAAAAGUUAAAUGUAAUUUGUGCACACAGUGUAUAUAGAAAUAUGGUAAAAAGUAUACGAAUAUGCGCAAAUAUUAAAAAAAAGGUAACACACACUGUUCGCCCGCACACGCGCUCGCUGAGGGCUACGGCUCUCAGAAUAUACAUACAGGGUAUAGCAAAAGUACCGGAACGGCAAGAUAACUCGGCGGGGGAGCAUUUUAGAGAAAAAUGUUUCCAAUAAAAGUUGUAAGGCUUAAAAAGUCGCAUUUAAUGAC